AUGCCUGCUAGGAUAUUCUUAGGUAAAAAUCAGGGUAGCCUGCUAGAUCGAAAACCCCAAAAGAACGUGGCUGGUCUUCCGCCCAUCCUCACUCGUGCUCAGAAAGCUAAAAAGAUGGAACAGCUAGAGGAGCAAAAUCGAAAGCUCGCCACUGAGCUUAAUACGCUGAAAGAGCAAAUGGCUCAAAUGUUGGAAAUGAUGCGCCAACAAAAUCUCCAUAAGGAAGGUGAU